AUGAGUGUAAGUAAUAAGAGUAGUAGUUCUUAUAAAAUUGAUAUUGAAAAACUUACAAAAAUAAAAGGAAAUAAUAAAUGCGCUGAUUGUGGAGCAAAAUGUCCAAGAUGGGCUAGUAUAAACUUAGGAAUAAUCAUAUGUAUUGAAUGCUCAGGAAUACAUAGAAACUUAGGAGUACAUAUAUCAAAAGUUAAAUCAUUGACACUAGAUAAAAUUAUGCCACAGUGGAUAAAUUGUAUUAAAAAUAUAGGAAACGAUCUGUCAAAUGCAUAUUAUUUAUAUAACCUACCAAAAGAUGCAUACAUUCCAAAACAAGGGGACUCAUCAAUUAUAAUGCAAAACUGGAUAAAAAAUAAAUACGAAAAAAAGUUAUACGUCCCAGACAAUAAAAAAGAACCUUACCAAUAUUAUGUGGAAGGUGUUGAUCCAAAAAACUGUCUACCGGAGACAACCAGUGUUAAUGAAUCUACCGAAGACGUAUCCUGGGUUAAUACCAAUUCAAAAACUAAAAUUGAAAUUGAUAACCUUAUGGAUAGUAUUGGGAAAAUUGACAUUUUUGGUUCCCUAAAAAUCUUGGACGAAAAUAAAGUGGACGACACUUCUUUUAAUAAUGAAAAGGAUUAUUUUACAGGUUUUAAAAACAAAUCGAAUAAGACUUAUAUGGAUGAUCAUUUUUAUUCAUUUGAUAAAAUAAUUUCGAAUGAAAAAUAUAAUAAUAAACAAAAAGAAAGUAUAAAAGAAUCUUAUUUUUUUAACGAUGAUGAAAUCAGUGAUACAUCGUUAAAUUCUAAUUAUACCCAAAAAAAUAAUACAAGUAUUAAUAAUAAUAUAGAUAAAAAUUUGGAUGAUAUAUUAAAUUACAAGACUAAAGAUUUUAAUAAUAAUGAUGAUAUAUUUUAUAAGAAUACUAAAAGUGAAAUUAAAAAUAAUAUAGGUGGAAGGAGUAAUAUAAAUGAUACCUUACAACAAAUUAAUAAUAACAAAAAUAAUCAUAAUAUGGAUAAUAUUAAUAAUAUUAAUAAUAAUAAUAAUAAUAAUUUAAGUUAUAAGAAUUUGUCGUCACUAGAAGAAUUUAAAAAGAUUAAUACAAACAAAGAUGACAAAAAUAAUAAUAAUAAUAAUAAUAUGUCUCAUUCACCUAAUAAAUUAAAAGAAGACAAAAGAUUUAAUAAUUAUAAUAAUUUGACUGAAAAAGAAUUAAGAGAAGCAAAAGUUCAAGCAGCCAAAAAAAGCAUUGCUCAACUUUUUUCGAAUACUAAGAAUAUUUCUUUUUCCGAUAAUUCUAUAUCAAAUAUAAAUACAAAUUUACAUGAAUAUUCAUAUAAUAAUAAAAUUAAAGGAGAUCAUAACUUUAUAAAUAAUGAACAUAAAUCAUUUAAUUCUUUACAUAACAUAAAUAUUAAGAAUAAUCAUCAUAUUAAUUCAAACAUCAAUAUUUUAAAUGAAAAUCAUAAAAAAAAUAGCAAUUUAAAAAAUGACACUGAAGUGAGGAAAAAAAAUGACUUUGAUUUUUUUGGAUAA